AUGUACACAAAUAAAGAUUACUUUGGCUUCAAGAAAGAUGAAGUGAAAAUAGAUCCCCAUAGUAAAUUUACAUUAGUAUUGCCUCCAGGAUCAGAGUGUAAAGAGUAUCAACCUGAAGAACUUAAUAAUAUUGAAGAAGAUGUAACAGCCUGGGAUCAAGGAAAUAUGUGGCCUUUUACAUGUUACAGUCCAAGAAAUAGAAAUUGUUUAACAUGUUUCAAAGAUAUAUCUCCAGAAGAAUUACGAUGGGGUAUGAUUGAAGCUGAACGUUAUGGAACAGUACUUCCAUACUUAAAUGAAAUAAAUAAUUUUUCCAUUACAGAAGAAAAUUCUAAGCAUCGAUUUGGUCUGAAUCAUUUUGAAAAGUAUCAUUAUGAAAAUGAAAAACCUUCCACUACACAACAUACUAUACAUAUACCAUUUUAUAUGUACACAAAUAAAGAUUACUUUGGCUUCAAGAAAGAUGAAGUGAAAAUAGAUCCCCAUAGUAAAUUUACAUUAGUAUUGCCUCCAGGAUCAGAGUGUAAAGAGUAUCAACCUGAAGAACUUAAUAAUAUUGAAGAAGAUGUAACAGCCUGGGAUCAAGGAAAUAUGUGGCCUUUUACAUGUUACAGUCCAAGAGAUAGAAAUUGUUUAACAUGUUUCGAAGAUAUAUCUCCAGAAGAAUCACCAUGGGGUAUGAUUGAAGCUGAACGUUAUGGAACAGUACUUCCAUACAUACAAACUUCUCUAGAAACUUUAGCUCAUAUUCAUGACAGAAGAAAAGAGUUACAGAAUCCAACUUCUCAACUUCUGAAAUCACUGAGCCCUAAUGAAUCAAAUGUAUCUUCAACAAAUUUCCAAAACACGCAGAACGUUCUAGCUCGGACAUCUUUCAAACUUCCAGAAAAGAACUCCGGAACAUUUUCGUCAUCAACGAAUGGCUCCAGCAGUAAAUUUAGUCUUUCAAAUUUAUCUCGACGAGAGCCAUCCCAGCAGAUUGCUCCCGCAAAUAAUAAUCAGCAAAAUAUUUUUAAUAGCCGAAGAAGUAGUGCCAAGUCGUUUUCUUUUACUUUAGCCGCAGCCGAAACGGAAACGGAGAUGAAUACUUUUUCAACAGACGUGCAGUCGUCAGAAGUUACUUUAUUAAAUAACUUCGACAGCAAAUCUGAACAAGCUUUCGCAGAGAAAUCGACUUCAUCCAAGGAUAAAUAUACUGAACUUAGUCAAUUAAGCAAGAUGGAAAAAGAACAGUUUAUGGCACCAAAAUUUGUUUCGGGUAUGAUUCCAACAAAACCUCCACCGAUCGAAUUGUGUUUAUUAAAUAACUUCAACAGCAAAUCUGAACAAGCUUUCGCAGAGAAAUCGACUUCAUCCAACGAUAAAUAUACUGAACUUAGUCAAUUAAGCAAGAUGGAAAAAGAACAGUUUAUGGCACCAAAAUUUGUUUCGGGUAUGAUUCCAACAAAACCUCCACCGAUCGAAUUGUGUUUAUUAAAUAACUUCAACAGCAAAUCUGAACAAGCUUUCGCAGAGAAAUCGACUUCAUCCAACGAUAAAUAUACUGAACUUAGUCAAUUAAGCAAGAUGGAAAAAGAACAGUUUAUGGCACCAAAAUUUGUUUCGGGUAUGAUUCCAACAAAACCUCCACCGAUCGAAUUGUGUUUAUUAAAUAACUUCAACAGCAAAUCUGAACAAGCUUUCGCAGAGAAAUCGACUUCAUCCAACGAUAAAUAUACUGAACUUAGUCAAUUAAGCAAGAUGGAAAAAGAACAGUUUAUGGCACCAAAAUUUGUUUCGGGUAUGAUUCCAACAAAACCUCCACCGAUCGAAUUGUGUUUAUUAAAUAACUUCAACAGCAAAUCUGAACAAGCUUUCGCAGAGAAAUCGACUUCAUCCAACGAUAAAUAUACUGAACUUAGUCAAUUAAGCAAGAUGGAAAAAGAACAGUUUAUGGCACCAAAAUUUGUUUCGGGUAUGAUUCCAACAAAACCUCCACCGAUCGAAUUGUGUUUAUUAAAUAACUUCAACAGCAAAUCUGAACAAGCUUUCGCAGAGAAAUCGACUUCAUCCAACGAUAAAUAUACUGAACUUAGUCAAUUAAGCAAGAUGGAAAAAGAACAGUUUAUGGCACCAAAAUUUGUUUCGGGUAUGAUUCCAACAAAACCUCCACCGAUCGAAUUGUGUUUAUUAAAUAACUUCAACAGCAAAUCUGAACAAGCUUUCGCAGAGAAAUCGACUUCAUCCAACGAUAAAUAUACUGAACUUAGUCAAUUAAGCAAGAUGGAAAAAGAACAGUUUAUGGCACCAAAAUUUGUUUCGGGUAUGAUUCCAACAAAACCUCCACCGAUCGAAUUGUGUUUAUUAAAUAACUUCAACAGCAAAUCUGAACAAGCUUUCGCAGAGAAAUCGACUUCAUCCAACGAUAAAUAUACUGAACUUAGUCAAUUAAGCAAGAUGGAAAAAGAACAGUUUAUGGCACCAAAAUUUGUUUCGGGUAUGAUUCCAACAAAACCUCCACCGAUCGAAUUGUGUUUAUUAAAUAACUUCAACAGCAAAUCUGAACAAGCUUUCGCAGAGAAAUCGACUUCAUCCAACGAUAAAUAUACUGAACUUAGUCAAUUAAGCAAGAUGGAAAAAGAACAGUUUAUGGCACCAAAAUUUGUUUCGGGUAUGAUUCCAACAAAACCUCCACCGAUCGAAUUAUGUUAUUAAAUUGAAUUUAAAAUCACGACGAUGUAAAAUGAAUUCAGUUUUCUUUAUUAAUGAUUUAAUAACUUCCGAAUUUUACAUCAACGAAUUUGAUUUAUAUUUUAAUUGGUUUAAAAUUAUUAGUUGAAUAUUCUGAAGUACAUAUUUUUUAA